GCGGCCGUCGCCGCCGCCAUUUUGACAGCGCAAAGAGUGAGGGUCUGGGACGGCUGGAGGCGGCGGCGGCGGGACUGGUACGGAUGGUUUCCGCCCGCUAUAGCCCCUCCAGAUUCGCCGCCUUCUUGGUGCCACGGCAUUCGGGGGAGCUUGGACUUUGGUCGUGGUGGAGCAACACAUGGUAGAAGAUAGUGGACGUUCCCCGAGUUGUGUGUUAGUACAGCUUAAUCGCACACUGGCCUGUUUUGUUUUGUACGUUCUCAGGAAUAACUUACGAAAGGGAAGAUAAUUUGCGUCUGCCGUCCCCGCUGGAAAUGGCCACUGUGCUCUGUAAUAGAGCCAGACUGGUUUCCUAUCUCCCAGGAUUUUGCUCUUUAGUUAAAAGGGUUGUCAGUCCCAAAGCCUUUUCAACUGCAGGAUCUUCAGGUUCUGAUGAGUCUCAUGUGGCCCCUGCACCUCCAGAUAUAUGCUCUCGAACAGUUUGGCCUGAUGAAACUAUGGGACCAUUUGGACCUCAGGAUCAGAGAUUCCAACUUCCUGGGAACAUAGGUUUUGAUUGUCAUCUCAAUGGGACCAUGUCACAGAAGAAAAGCCAGGUUCAUAAAACUCUACCUGAUAUUCUAGCAGAGCCUUUAUCAAGUGAAAGACACGAGUUUGUGAUGGCACAGUAUGUGAAUGAAUUUCAGGGUAGUAAUGCACCUGUUGAACAAGAAAUCAGCAGUGCAGAAACUUACUUUGAAAACGCCAAAGUAGAGUGUGCAAUCCAGACAUGUCCAGAAUUGCUGCGAAGAGAUUUUGAGUCACUGUUUCCAGAAGGAGCUACCAACAAACUAAUGAUUCUGACAAUAACACAGAAAACAAAGAAUGAUAUGACUGUUUGGAGCGAAGAGGUAGAAAAUGAAAGAGAAAUGCUUUUAGAAAAGUUCAUUAAUGGUGCUAAGGAAAUUUGCUAUGCUCUUCGAGCAGAAGGCUAUUGGGCUGACUUUAUUGACCCAUCAUCUGGUUUGGCAUUUUUUGGACCAUAUACAAACAACACUCUUUUUGAAACAGAUGAACGCUAUCGACAUUUAGGAUUCUCUGUGGAUGAUCUUGGCUGCUGCAAAGUGAUUCGUCAUAGGCUCUGGGGUACCCAUGUGGUUGUAGGAAGCAUCUUCACUAAUGCAACACCAGACAGCCAUAUUAUAAAGAAAUUAGGUGGAAACUAACAGUAAUGUCAAUUUAUCAGCUGUACUAUUUGUAUGUACCAUUUGGGUUGAUCUAUAAACACUGUCAAAAGCUUCAGUUUUUAAAAUUUACUUAUUUCUGGGUAUUUAUUUCGACACUUACUGAUUUACAGCAUUGGCAAGUGGUAUGUGAUUUUUAAAUCUCAACUGUUUAUUCAUACUAUCAUUGAAUACAUGUUGAUCACAUCCACAUUGUAUGAAAUGUGGUAAUUGACAUGUAAUCAGGACAUGAUCUCAUAUUGUUAUUCUUCCCUUUAUUGGAAAAACCUGUUUUAUUUUUCUCUAAAAAUAAAUCACCUAUUUGGA